AUGGCACGCUACCUCGAGCGUUUCUCCGACGAUCCAGAAGUGCGACAAAAGACCAAGGAGUUCUUCUCAGCCGCCAAAGUCUCCCUGAAAAUGGAUAUUGAUAACGUCUGCCUCGAUACUAUCCAUGCAAGCAUCCUGGUAGGAAAUCUUUGCGGAGCUGAAGGAGAGACCGUAGGCGAAGCACUGUUCUUCGGAGUCGCCUUUAGAAUGGCACAUGUUCUUCACUUGCCAGAGCCCGAUGCUACAGAUGACAGUAUUACACAGGAGAUCAAGGUGCGAACCUGGUGGUCAUUGUACAUGAUAGACACAUGGUCCUCAGCGGGACUAAACCUACCCCGACAAAUGUACGACAAAGGCCAAAAUCGUCUUCCCAUGCCUGAAACCAGUUUCUGGUCCCUUGAAACAGGAGAUAAUCUAGAGAAUGAUGCCCAACUCGGGGUUGGUCUCUGGGGAUACAUGGUGAUCCUCGCCCGAAUUUUCAGCCAUAUUCAGGAUCUCCAUGUGAGACUCGCUGAUGGAGCUCUAGAUGAGCACCAAGCCGAAGCAAUCACCGAAAGGCUAGCGCAUGAGUUUGACAAAUAUCUUCAAGAUCUUCCGUCGAAUUUACAUUUUACCGUUGACAACCUGAAACAGCAUGCAACGGCAGGCCUUGGGCGGGCAUUUGUCGCGCUUCAUCUUGGUUAUCACCACUAUGCUACGUUGCUCUAUUUCCAAUAUUUUGAUACACAGCUUCAGAGGACCCCCAGUCGCACUAUAUUUGUUGCUCGCUGCAAGUAUCAUGCUGCCUCUUUCAGUGAUCUGUUGAAGUUGUCCCACGAGACCGAAGAUUGCGAAGCUUUUUAUCUCAUUGUGGCCCAUAUGACAGUUGUUUCUUCUUCUGCGCUGCUACACACGUUGUUAUUUGGGAGCCAGGAUGAGUUACUUGAUACAAGAAAACGACUAUACUUGAAUUUUGAGAUACUGUUGAAGCUGAAGCAGUUUUGGCCAGGUGUGGAUUUGAUGGUGAGAUCUACCAACUGA